CGGGUAAACUAUAUAUAUUUACUUGAUUAAAACAAAAUAAAGAACAAUUAGAAAACAUAAUUCAUUUUCCGGCGCCUUUCAGGAAACCAUGGCCCUCGAGGAAGAAGAAUACUUCGCUUCUGUAAAGCAGUUGGAAGAAUCAGUGAAUUCAAACCCUACCGAUCCGUCUCUUCGUUUUAAUCUGGGCGUGUUGUUAUGGGAAAUGGGAGAGAAAGAGGCGGAGAUGAGAGAGAAAGCGGUGGAGCAUUUGAUGGUAGCGGCGAAGCUCAACCCUCAGAAUGGUGCUGCAUUCAGAUAUUUGGGUCAUUAUUAUGCCCUCGUUUCGCCUGAGCCGCAGCGUGCUCUCAAGUGCUACCAGAGAGCUGUUUCCCUCAACCCCGAAGAUUCCGAUGCUGGGGAAGCAAUUUGUGAUUUACUGGAUGAGGAAGGGAAAGAGAGCUUGGUGCUUGCUGUCUGUCGUGGAGCUUCUGAGAUGUCUGCGAGGGCUUUCUGGGCUUUUCGUCGACUGGGAUACCUUCUGGCUCAUCAGAAGAAAUGGUCCGAAGCCAUACAGAGCCUCCAGUAUGCCAUUCGUGGUUUUCCUACAUGUGCUGACUUAUGGGAGACAUUGGGUCUUGCCUACCAACGUAUGGGCAUGUUGACUGCUGCACUUAAGUCGUACGCAAGAGCAGUUGAGUUGGAUGAUUCAAGGGUUUUUGCAUUGAUUGAAAGUGGAAAUAUUUCUUUGAUGCUUAGUUCUUUUAGAAAGGGAAUCGAGCAAUUUCAACAAGCUUUAAAUAUUUCACCUCACAAUGUAUCUGCACAAUAUGGGCUUGGUUCUGCACUUCUUGGUUUGGCAAAGGAAUGUGUCAAUAUGGGUGCCGUUAAAUGGGGAUCUUCGCUCUUAGAGGAAGCAUCGGAAGUGGCCAUGCGUGGUACAUCUUUAGCAGCAAACUUCUCAUGUUUGUGGAAGCUACAUGGAGACAUUCAGCUUAUAUAUGCCAGAUGUUACACAUGGACGCCUACACAUGCUGAUGAGAUAUCUUUCAGUACUUCUAUCAGUACAUGGAAAAGAAAUUGCUUUAUAGCUGCUAGAAAUUCCCGUCGCUCCUAUCAGCGUGCCUUGCACUUGGCCCCUUGGCUAGCUAAUAUAUAUGCUGAUGUUGCUAUUGCAUCAGAUCUUUGUUUGUCUCUUAAGGAGUCUCCUGAAGAGGAGCUGAAUGUUUGGUCUGUGGCUGAAAAAAUGUGCAUCGGUGGUAUACUACUCGAGGGCUACAAUGAAGAAUUUUGGGUGGCACUGGGAUGUUUAUCAGAUCAUAUUCCUUUAAAACAACAUGCUUUAAUACGUGGGUUGCAAUUGGAUGUAUCUCUAGCUGUUGCAUGGGCGUACCUCGGGAAGCUUUACAGGGAGGAGGACGAAAAGCAAUUGGCUCAGCAAGCAUUUGAUUCUGCUAGAAGCAUAGAACCUUCACUUGCAUUACCAUGGGCAGGCAUGUCAGCUGAUGCCAGUACUAGAAAUAUUGACCAGAAUGAAGCAUAUGAGUGCUGUUUACGGGCAAUACAAACAUUUCCGCUUGCAGAAUUCCAAGUUGGUCUUGCAAAGCUUGCUUUGCAUUCGAGUUAUUUGUCAUCUUCAGAGGUUUUCGGAGCCAUUCAACAGGCACUGCUUCGUGUUCCGGACUAUCCCGAAUCUCACAAUUUGAAUGGGCUAGUUUGUGAAUCAAGGUCUGAUUAUCAAAGUGCUAUUACCUCCUACAGGCUGGCACGAUGUGUUCUGAAAUCUUUUGAAGAUGAAUCAUCAAUAUCCCAUGUAACAGAUGUAUCCAUCAAUUUGGCCAGAUCACUUUGCAUGGCAGGAAACGCAGGCGAUGCAGUUGAAGAGUGUGAGUAUUUAAGGCAAAAAGGACAUUUGGAUUCUAAGGGUCUGCAAAUAUAUGCUCUAUGCUUAUGGCAACUUGGCAAGAACGAUAUGGCUCUGUCCAUGACGAGAUCACUUGCUUCAAGCAUUUUAUCAAUGGAAGAAAAUGAUGCUGCUGCUUCCAUUAGCUUCAUCUGUAGGUUGCUUUAUCACAUUUCUGGGCAGGAUUCGGCAAUCGUAAGCAUUUUGAAGAUGCCCACGGAACUGUUUCACGGUUCAAAGAUUAGUUUCAUUGUUUCCGCUAUUCAUGUUCUGGACCAAAAAAACCAACUUGAGGCUAUUGUUUCUAGAAGCCGUUCCUUUGUUACAUCGCGUGAAGAUAUCAUCGCAAUGCACAUUUUAAUUACACUUGGUAAACUUCUGAAGAACGGACACGAGGACUCCCUUGGAAUUCAGAAGGGAGUAGAUCACCUUAGGAAAGCACUUCACAUGUACCCUAACAGUAGUGUGCUUAGAAAUCUCCUUAGUUAUCUCUUACUAUCAAGCAAAGAAUGGAGAGAUCUCCGUCUUGCAACUAGAUGCUCUUUCCUGGACUUGUCCGAGCAUCCAAAGGAUGGUGGCAUGAAAUCUGCAUGUGAGAUCCUCGGUGCUGUAACUGUUGCUUGUUAUGAGACAGCAAGCAAUAAUGAAAAAUUCUCGAUUCCAAUCUCUGGGCAUCAACAGCCUUUCGUAUCGGGAUCUAUCAAACUGUUGCAAAAGUUUUUGCAUCAAGAGCCGUGGAAUCGUAAUGCAAGGUAUUUGCUCACGUUGAACUGUUUACAGAAAGCACGUGAAGAAAGAUUUCCUGUACAUGUUUGCCGUGUUCUUGAACGCCUUACAGCUGUCUCUCUAUCUAAUCGUUGUCUCUCAACUGAAGACUCCUUAUCCCAAUACCAGAAUUUCCAACUUCUACUCUGUGCGGCUGAGGUUAAUCUACAACAAGGCAAUAACAAUGAAUGCUCAAGACUUGCAAGAAGUGCUUUAGGUUCUUCCGUUCAUAAUAGCUAUUUAUUUUUCGCUCAUUUGCUACUAUGCCGUGCGUGUGCUGCUGAAGAUGAUACCGUUGGCCUGAGAAAAGAAUACAGGCGAUGCUUGGAACUUGGAACUGAUUUUCAUAUUGGGUGGAUUUGUCUCAAGUUUAUUGAAUCUAGAUAUGGCCUACAAGAUGAUUCUACUGUAUUACUCUCGAGCUUCGAAGAUUGCUCCAAAGAUGAUCAACAUUCGCGGCAUAUGUGGAUGGCUCUAUUUAAUAUGGUGCAGGGUUUGGUUGCUAUUUGGUUUGGCGAUUUUGUUGCUGCAGAAGAGUUGUUUGCACAAGCUUGCUCUUUAGCUGAUGGCGAGAGUUGUCUCCUUCUGUGUCAUGGUGCUAUCUGUAUGGAGCUUGCCAGACAGAAGUGCGAGUCGCACUAUAUAUCACAUGCUAUAAGAAGUCUCAAGAAAGCAAAAAAUACAUCUCCAAAACGUUUGCCUAUAGUUUCACUAUUGCUGGCACAAGCGGAAGCAAGCCUUGGCUCCAAAUCGAAGUGGGAGAUCAACAUUCACGAUGAGUGGUUUUCUUGGCCUCCAGAAAGGAAACCGGCUGAGAUCUUAUUUCAAAUGCAUUUGCUUUCUACACAACGGAAAGAUGUUUAUACACCGUCUUCUAGCCUAGAUUAUGGCGACACCUCUAUAAGAUGGAUUUUACGAGCGAUCCACACAAAUCCGUCAUGUUCGAGAUAUUGGAGGUUUUUGCUAAAGGAUAUUUCAUACUAGAGGAGAAACUUUAGGAUUUAAGGAAGUAAUAGAUGUUUUUUUUUUUUUUUUUUUUUUUUUUACGAUGAUGAUUUUCGAUUAAUAGGAAGACGACUGGUUCUCUCUAAUGUUUGUUGUAAUUGGCUUGUUAUGAUUUUUCCAACUUUGCAGUUGCCUGCACAUGGGUAUUUUCUAAUGCAUUCUGAAAGAAAGAAAUUGUAACAUUAUUUUUCUGGUGUUUCUCA